AUGGCGCUCUACGAGCUCUUCUCCCACCCGGUGGAGCGCGGCUACCGCGCGGGGCUCUGCUCCAAGGCCGCGCUGUUCCUGCUGCUGGCCGCCGCGCUCACGUACAUCCCGCCCCUGCUGGUGGCCUUCCGGAGCCACGGGUUGUGGCUGAAGCGGAGCAGUUACGAGGAGCAGCCGACCGUGCGCUUCCAGCACCAGGUGCUGUUCGUGGCCUUACUGGGACCCGAGCGAGGCGGGUUCCUCGCCUGGAGCACCUUCCCCGCCUUCAACCGGCUGCAGGGGGGUCACCUGCGCGUCCCGCUGGUUUCGACUAGAGAAGAAGACAGGAACCAGGAUGGGAAAAUGGACAUGCUGCAUUUUAAACUGGAGCUUCCUCUGCAGUCCACGGAGCAUGUUCUUGGUGUACAGCUCAUCCUGACUUUCUCCUAUCAAUUGCACAGGAUGUCCACGUUCGUGAUGCAGAGCAUGGCGUUUCUCCAAUCGUCCUUCGCUGUGCCAGGGUCCCAGUUAUAUGUGAAUGGAGAGCUGCGGCUGCAGCAGAAGCAGCCUCUGAGCAGUGGAGGCCUCGAUGUCCGAUACAACGUAUCCGUAAUCAACGGGACCAGUCCUUUUGCCUAUGACUACGACCUCACCCACAUUGUUGCUGCUUACCAGGAAAGGAAUGUAACCACCAUCCUGCUGGACCCCCACCCCAUCUGGCUGGUGGGAAGGGCUGCUGAAGCUCCAUUUGUCAUUAAUGCUGUCAUCCGAUACCCAGUAGAAGUAAUUUCAUAUCUACCAGGAUUCUGGGAAAUGAUCAAGUUUGCCUGGAUCCAGUAUGUCAGUAUCCUGCUUAUCUUCCUCUGGGUGUUUGAAAGAAUCAAAAGAUUUGUGUUUCAGAAUCAGGUGGUGACCACAAUCCCUGUCGCAGUAAUGCCCCAGGGAGAAACAUAUAAGGAGCACUUAUCAUAAGAAGACCACUUGUGAGAACUAAGCAGGACCCUGGCUACCUCCUUAUUGUCUGAGAACUGCCAUCUUAAGAAAUUUUUGCAGAGAGCCCAUGGACACGUGCCAGUGUGUAUGCUUUUCCUAUCAGAGACAAAGCACAAUCCUUUCUCAUUUUUCUCUAUACAAAUUCCGUAUUUUGUAAGCACCUCACCCGGGACUAGUUUGUAGAAACAUCUGAGGGUUCCUGAAAGCUAUAAUUUGCUUCUUUUUUUUUUUUUCCUUGCCUUAGGCUUCAAUUUCAGGAGACAACUACAGUCAUUUUAGAACUCUUGGAAAGAAUCCCAUCUCUAGUCGAGCAAAGACUUUUCCUCUCUUGAACUGAGAAACAUGCUAUGCAUUUCUUCCCACUAUUGUAAACCACUUUUUACUCUUUUCAGGUCUCUCUUGUGAGAGAUGUGCAAAUCAGUAAGUAGCACUUUCCACUACUGAGCAUCAAAAUUUCCCACUCAAAACUUUGGUUUCCAGCACCGAGAGGCCAUGAAGGGGAGAAUGGAAGCGCCCGAGAGCACAUACACGAACACGUGUAUGGGUGGGUGACUCCAGGACACUAGGACCAUCCACCUGCCCUCCGGCUAACAGACAGUCGUCUUAUCAUUAUUAGCUCAGCUGAGCGGCCCUUUAUCCCUGCCCUGCCAUGGCUGGCUUGUUGCCCUGCCUUUCGCCCUUUCUGUGCCCCUGGAACAGCAGGCUUCAGCCAGAGUGCUGUUUCGUUCACAAUCCCCUCGGCAACAGUGGGGGAAGUAAGGAUUGCAACCGCAGUUUCUUUCUCUGGCCCUCAUCCAACAGCCUGGACAGUUGCCACUCCUCCUCCUUGACAGCCCUCCCCUUUCUCGAAAAGGACGUGGGUGACAGAGGAGCUGUUGUUGGUAUUGGCUCCCACUGCCAACAACCACAGAGUUUAUUUGGAGGGCUAGCGAGCGGGAAACCCAGCACUUGUAUUUCCCUUGAUGAAGGAACAGGGUGCCCAUCAGAAUGAGCGGCUUUGGGGCGGACACACAAGGUGCAGCAAGGGGAUAAAGAGGAUGCUCACCCAGGCAACUUAAUCUGGCCUGGCCAUUAGCAGAAUGUCAAGUAGUCCAGCAGGUUCACCCUCUUGCCUAAGUGAGCGUCUGUAGGAUGGGACGACUGAAUGCGGCUCUGUCGCGCGUGAAGACUAGUUCUCCAUUCUUGCCUUGAGGAAACAAACCGUCCUCAAAGGAUAAAUGGAUCUACUUUAUGAUCCUGAGAUAUCAUUGACACUGAGACAUGCCUGCUCUGAUCCAUGCUAACAUACUCCUCGGUGAAUGCUGCAGUUUACCUUGGAGAUUCAGUUGUUUCCAAAGCACCUUUUCUUCCAGGCUGACCAAAAUAAAAGUUUUGGAAACAGCUGUUUUGAAGUAUUCAAGCACAAAAAAUAGCUUAACACUGGCCCCUCUGCCUUUUCUUGUAAUAUCUAGGGCUGUUUAUAUACCUAAGCAUUUUUUUUUUCUUGAGGUAGAAAUGAAAAAAAGGGUUUCUGGAUUGAAUCACAAAAAGGUAAUGAGAUAUGGAAAAGAGCUAAAGACAUGAUAAACACUGCUUUGCAUUUUGUUAAAUUAUUUUAAUGCAAAAUUUGUAUAAAGAACCAUGAUAUUUUUUCUACCUUUCUAAUUAAAAUACUCAAAACGGAA